GGAAAUUGCUUGGAUUCAUAUAGAAGUUAGGUCAGAAAAUGACGGACGUGUCUUCAAUUCUGCUGACGUGUUUGGUUGUUUUUGUGGUUAAGUCUAACGGUGACACAGCACCAUCGACAUGCGCAAGCCGCACCUCAGUUAUAGAUAAAAAUAGCUUCAGAGGAAGUGCUUUGGAAACAAAACUAAAUGAAUGCGCAGACCUCUACAUGCAGUAUAGUUACGUCUAUCACGAAAUUUACUAUUAUUUCCGUAGAGAUGACGUCGCAUUGGAGAAUAUUGGCGAUGAGUUCCGUGAAUUCUUUUUUAAUGAAAUACGAAUGGCUGAAUUAGUUCGCGACUUCAUAGAUGAUCGUGGGGGUUGCGUUUCUAUUCCAGCCAUACCAGCACCUCCAAAUAUAGACUGGUGUGUUGACGAGUCCUUGCUUUAUGCAAUUAACGCAACAACCGAGAUUUGUGGCUGCCUCAAUACGGCUUCUGAUCUCGCGAGAACAGCUGAUGACCAAUCGGCGUUAGAAUUCAUCGGAAGAAUGGCGAUGGAGCGUGUUGGUAUAAACAAGAAAAUGGGACGGCAUUAUAAAAGCGGUGUACGCGCUCUCACAGACUUCGACGAAUGGAUCUUCCAAAUACUCAAUGAUUGGAACAUUCCAGGUCAGGAUGGCACUGGAUAAUAUUUACUUUGGAAAUACUGACUCAAUUACGGACUGUGGCUAUUUGGAAUAUAAUAUUAUCUCUUAGUUUUGAACAUGAAGAGUUAGGUGCAUGAAAGUACAUGAAAGUCUAUUCGAACAUAUCAAGUGUGUUUCGGCCAAUCGGCUUUAAAGCUUUUCAGUUUGUUAAUUUUUCGGUAUAUGUGAAGAAAAAUAUUUUGCAACGCAUUUAAUU